AUGUGUGACCUGCUCACGCCUUCUUUUCAAGCAACCACGGGGAACACUGACGGUUAUCUAAUGAGAUCAAAGAACACAUUGGCCACUUCUUUUAUCUUACCUACUAAAAUAAAGGGACAUAUUAUACGCUAUCUGCAUCUGUUCAUAUCUAUCUAUCUAUCUAUCUAUCUAUCUAUCUAUCUAUCUAUCUCAGCCUGUUUCUAUCUAUCUAUCUAUCUAUCUAUCUAUCUAUCUAUCUAUCUCAGUCUGUUUCUAUCUAUCUAUCUCAGUAUGAUUCUAUCUCUCUCUCUAUCUAUCUCAGUCUGUUUCUAUCUCUCUCUUUCUCUCUCUCUCUAUAUAUAUAUAUGUCUGUUCCUAUCUAUCUAUCUAUCUAUUUCAGUCUGUUUCUAUCUAUCUAUCAAUCUAUCUCAGUAUGAUUAUAUCUCUCUCUCUCUCUGUCUGUCUCAGUCUGUUUCUAUCUCUCUCUUUCUCUCUCUCUCUAUAUAUAUAUAUAUAUAUAUAUGUCUGUUCCUAUCUAUCUAUCUAUUUCUGUCUCUAUCUAUCUAUCUAUCUAUCUAUCUAUCUAUCUCAGUCUGGUCACUAUUCAUCUAUCUAUCUAUCUAUCUAUCUAUCUCUGUCUUUUCUAUCUCUUUCUCUCUAUCUAUCUCUUCUGUUCCUAUCAUCUAUCUAUCUAUCUAUCUAUCUAUCUAUCUAUCUAUCUAUCCGAUUAAUCUAUUUAAUCUCACUCUAUUCAUAUCUAUCUAUCUAUCUAUCUAUCUAUCUAUCUAUCUAUCUAUCUAUCUAUCUUAUAUGUUCACAUCUAUCACAGUUUGUUAUCUAUCUAUCUAUCUAUCUAUCUAUCUAUCUAUCUAUCUCACCCUCUCCAUAUCUAUCUAUCUAUCUAUCUAUCAUAUCUAUCUAUCUAUCUAUCUAUCUAUCUAUCAUCUAUCUUCAUCUAUCUAUCAUAUCUAUCUAUCUAUCUAUCUAUCUAUCUAUCUAUCUAUCUAUCUAUCUAUCUAUCUAUCUAUCUAUGUCUUCCAGAUACAAGUCCGACCUUCUUACAAUAAUUCAUUUUAA